AUGUCUGGCAUCAUCAACGACUUCUUGCGCCGCUGCCUCAAGAAGGUGGCCGGCAAAGUGCAGCCGCUGACAGUGGUGCAGGGAAACGAGGGAGGCGAUAUGGAUAGCAUUGUCGGCUGCAUAUACCUAGCCAUUCUUUUUGACAAGCAACCUAAAUUUGGCUUUGAGAACCCUGUACCUGUGCUGAACUUUCCAAAAGAGGAUUUCGGUCUGCGCAACGAUGUCGCGAAGCUCUUCACGGAGCUCGGGAUCGAUGCAUCACUCUUGAUGUCGGUGCAGAGGGGGCAGUUUGCGGAUAACUUUAUCGAUAUUGCUGCUCUCAACGCUUCUGUUGUUCUUUAUGACCAUAAUAAGCUGAGGGAAAAUCAAAGCAAUCUCGCCUCCAGGGUUGUCGGGGUAGUGGACCAUCACUUCGAUGAGCAGCAGUACAUCGAUACUGCAGUCAAACUAAGAAUUCUGCGGUGUGUCGGAUCCGCUUGCACACUCAUUACGGAGCUUUACCGCGAAUGCGGCGAAGAUGUUAUGUGCCCCACGCUCCUAACGGCUCCGAUUAUUUUGGACACAGUGAACUUUGAGCCGGCACAAAAAAAAGUGACACCAGAGGAUAUCGCUGCAUAUGAGUGGCUGCGUGUCAAGGAGAGCGUUGAGGGUACUGAUGCCGCAACUCUCUUUGCGAAGCUGUCAAAGUGGAAGGAUGACGUACUGGGACUUAGUGUUCCAGAAAUCUUGAGGCGGGAUUACAAGCAGUUCAACUUCAAAGCCAGGACAAAGAAGGGUGUUAUGUCGACGGGAACUAGUAGUGUUCCGUGCACAUGUAAGCAGUUAGAAGGCCAUUUCUCUGUUAACAUGGUUGUGGAGGAGGCUGCCAAGUACAUGGAGCAACACCAGCUGGAUGUGCUAGUCUUCACAUUUUCUGGUCAAGCCAGCGGCAAGCACUCUCGCGAAAUCGCUUUUUGUGCAAAACCUGAUACAAUGUCAGUCUUUGCUUCCUUUGUGACGGAGGCUCCGAGUGGCUUAUCAUUUACCAAGAUCACGAAGUGCCCAACGGCGGACGGAUCAUACGAGUACACCUCGUACUCUCUCAGCGACCCUUCUAUUUCUCGCAAGAAGCUGGUGCCAGUGCUAUCCGAAUUCCUAGCUGAGGGGACGCGGAGUCUUUUGUGA